AUGGCCACCAGUCGGCAACGUGGUUACGUUCAACCACUGUCAGGCGGAGAGGAGCAAGGCGGGCCCAUGUCCCCCUACGCGCAGCCCCGCCGAAUGGCCCCCGGCGGAGGGGGAGGAGGGGGGGACGGUCCCCCCGCGCGCAACCCCGGCCGCGGACGCCGCGUAGCUGGCGGCGGCGGCGGCGCGCCUCAGGCGCAAUUCACGCGGAUUAACUCGAUGAUCUACCAGCCGUCUCCACAGCAAGAAGAACAACCGGCAGAGCCCCGUUAUAAGCGCACUAUGUCUAUGGUCGCCCCCGCGCCGAACAACAAAACCCUUCCGCGCGGAGUUAGAGCAGCAGGCGCGGGGGGGGCGCAUGCAGGAGGGCCAGGCAUGGGCGCGGGGAGGGGCGGGCGGGGGAAGAUUCCCCACUCGUCUUCCGUCGGCGGACCGGACGGCGGAAUGCGCAGGGGGGUGGGCGCGGGGGUGGAAGACCCCUUGGCGGAUCAAUUCGGGCGGAGCAUGACGGUCGGAAAUAAAGCGCCCACUCCGCGCGGACCUGGUGCGGGGAGAGGCGCUGGCGGAGGCGGGCAGUUUGGCGGCGGAGAGCCGGAGAUCGGACGGUCGUUGACUGCCACUGACGGCCGGCACCGGUCGCCGUUAAGACAGAACCCGCACGCGACGGGGGGAAUGGGCGUUGGGGGGAUGAUCACCCCGCGGAGGACCCAGGCGCAGCAGAUGGUGGCGGGCGGAGGGCGCGGCGGAAUGGGCGGAAUGGGGGGAAUGGGGGCGGGUCCGGGCAGUCCGUACCGCCAACGCGCGGGGAGCGGGUUUUCGCAAGGCGGGUACAUGGAGGGCGGCGGAGAGUACACCGACGAAAGCGACGGGAUGUACGGCGAAGACGGUUACCACCAGAACAUGCAACGGUCGCGAUCCACCGGCUUGGGGAUGAUGGGCGCAGGCGGGCGCAUGGCGGGCGGGGGAAUGGCCAUGGGGGGAAUGGGCGGCGGAAUGCCCCCGCAUGCGCCUGGCGGAAGGGGAAUGGGAGGAGGGCGCGUGAGCAUGGGGGAAGAGCACUACUAUACGUCGGACGCGUCGGAAGGGGGGGUCGGCGGGGGAGCGUAUCCGCGCAGCCGGUCGGUCAAUCCGCGCUUAGAGGGCGCGGGGGACGCAGGGGGGAUGGCGCCGCAGGGGAAGGCGGGGAAGGCGGAGGUGGACCCGUCGGAACUCCCCAUGCUUCCCCCUCCGGGCAGCCCGCAAGUUGUGCAGGCAAGAGCUCUCGCGCACUUACUCUUCCCUUGGCAUUCAGAGCGUCUCACUCCCUUUCCCCCAAUCCCUCUUUCCCUCCCCAAUCCCCCACCCCUCUCCUCCCCCUUUCCCCUCCACCUCUCUCCUUCGCUUCUCCUGUUCUCCCGUCCUCCUCUCCCUUCUCUCCUCUCCUCCCGUUUUCGCCCCUUCACCUCCCCCCCACCAGUGUCAGCGUUGCUCUCAGCCAUUGGAAGUCCCAGCAGCGUUCCCGCCGGCCAAGAAGGGCAUUCAGAAGCUGCGCUGCAGCAAGUGCAUGCGCGUCUCACUCCCUCUCUCCUCCCUCUCUCCCAACCCCUCCCUCUCCUCUCCCCUCUCCAUCCCUCUUUUUCCCUUCUCCUCUCCCCUCUCUCCCAUCCUCCCCUGUUCGCCCCUUCACCUCACCCCCACCAGUGUCAGCGCUGCUCCCAGCUUCUAGAAGUCCCAGCAGCACUCCCCCCGGCCAAGAAGGGCAUUCAGAAGCUUCGCUGCGGCAAGUGCAUGCGCGUCUCACGCUUCCGAGUCAACCCAGCAGACCCACGCACUGCUGCCGCUGCUGCUGCUGCCGGCGGGGUUAGCGGCGGGGAGGGGUUUUCAGAUAACCCUGACGUGGCGGAUAGCGGGAGGCCGAGGGAGGGGGGUGGCAUGGGGGGGGGAGGGGGGAGUGGGGGGGAGGAGCGAGCAACGUACGCGCGGAGAGUGAUUGUGAAUGGGGAGCCAAUUCGGGAUGACUAUGUUUCUGUGGUGGAGCAACGAGCAGGGAACAUUCACCCGGGCAAUUACUGGUACGACCAGGUCGCAGGGUUCUGGGGCGAGAUGGGCGGCCCAUGCCUCGGCAUCAUCCCACCGGGUAUUGAGUUUGGGACGCCGAUCCCGGUGGACUGUGCGGGAGGCGCGACGCGGGUGUAUGUGAACGGGAGGGAGCUGCACAAGAAGGACCUGGAUCGGCUCAUGAAGAGAGGGCUACCAUCGAAGCCCAACAUGUCGUACCGAGUGGAGAUCAAUGGGAGCGUGUAUGAUGAGGAGACGGGUGACUACCUCCUCAGCCUGGGGAAGCUCGCACCCUCGUGA